AUGGAGACAACAACACACAAGCAGGCGCGGGAGGCGGUCGACCUCGCCGCCGGAGGCUGCGGAGAGGAGGGCUCGCCGCAGGCCGACGCCAAGAGGCUACGGCCGCAGGACCUGCUCGACAUGCUGGAGGACGACACCGACACGGCCGCGGUCGGCGACCUAGCGUCGGUCAUGCGGAGGGCCUCGGACGACGAGCUGGGGUUGCCGCCGUCGGGCGCCGCCUCCUCUUCGGAGGAGGAGGCUGGGCGCGCGGGGGCGCCGAAGCUCGCGCUCGACGGCCAGAUCUGGGCCUUCGAGGGUGGAGGCAUCCUUUCGUUCUUGGCCGGCGGCGGCAUGGACUGGGCAGCGGUUUCCGGGUCUCCGUCGUGGGGCGCGGCGGCGACGGACCCCGGCUCGACCAUGCUGUCCUUCGCAGGCCUGUCCUCCUCCGCCACCGACGCCGAGGUGCGGCUCCAGGAUUUUGUCGCGGGUCGCGUGGAAGUGGAAGCGACGGCUGCGAGCAUCACGCACGGACGGGGAAGGCGAUAG